AUGGCGUCGCAGGACGAAACAACGAAAAAAGCCGAGGCAUCUGCAAUCGAAACGUCAACACCGGAAAUAUUUCCGCCAGACGAAGAGAAAAAGCUACUUGACGAGUCGAACACCGAAAAAGCCUCAGCAAAUAAGACAUUCACAUCCGGCGAGUACAAUGGCGCGAUACAAGGCUACGAAAAAGCUCUAGCGGUAUGUCCAUCGUACCUUGAAUACGACAUUGCCGUCCUCCGUUCGAAUAUUGCAGCAUGCCACUUGAAGUUGGAAGAGUGGAAGCAAGCCGUAGAAUCCGCAACACAAGCAUUAGAGGCCUUAGACCGAAUAGACCCCCCAGCACCAAAAGACGCAGGAAAGGAUGAAGGCGGGAAAGAAGCAACAGGCGGCGGCGCAAUCGCCGAAAUCGACGACACAACCGAACUCUACCUCGAUGCUCUAACCCGCACCAACCACACAAUAAACGACGUCCACAAACUCCGUACAAAAGCUCUCCUCCGCCGCGCAAAAGCACGUCACGAAGUUGGUGGCUGGGCCUCUCUACAAGGCUCACUGGAAGACUACCAAGCACUUUCCAAGCCACCACACCAGCUCUCCAGCCUCGACCAGAAAGCCGUACAAACGGCGUUACGGAAACUACCAAGCCAGCUAGACGAAGCGAAGAAUACGGAGAUGGCAGAUAUGAUGGGCAAGUUGAAACAGUUGGGAAAUGGAAUUCUGAAGCCGUUUGGGUUGAGUACGGAGAAUUUUCAGUUUACCAAGGAUGAGAAGAGUGGGGGAUAUAGUAUGAACUUUAAUCAGGGUGGCAAGUAA